UCGCAACCACUUAUAAAAGGGGCUUUCCCGCCGAUCUCUUCACAUACUCCAAAGUCCAAACGCCACAUUCUCUCUCUCUCUCUCUCUCUCUCACUAGAAAGAAAGUAGAGAACCCCAAAAAUUCUAUUUUAAGAUUCUAUAUCAAAAAAAUUAAAGAGAGAGAGAAAUAUUCUGAGAAUAAGUAAUGGAGCUUCGUUCUCGUAGGCAAAUCUCUAACCCUCCUAUCGAUGAAGCAAGCAAUGUGCAAAUUCAAGAGAUUAGUGAUGAUAGCACUGACGAAGCGGGUUCUGACUCGACAGUCUAUGUGCCCUCCGGUUCUGAUCAUAGUGAUGAAGAUGUAGAUGAAGAGGACAGCGGUAGAGUGGAGUUAGAUUUGAACGCCACACCAAAAGCUGCAGUUGAGGUUGAUGAUUGGGAAGAUAAUGGUUAUGAUUAUGGUAAGCCUUCAACGAAAAGGAAGAAGGCUGGACAAGAGAAGAAAACAGUGGAGCAUGGACAGUCUAGUCGGGAAGCGGAUGUGGAUGCUCAGCAAGCAGCAGUUGAGAUUGAUUUUCUUGGGUUGGCCAAGAAUGAUAAUAACAACAUUAUUAUUUAUAAUUUUAAUAAUAAUAAUAAUAAUAAUAAUAGUAAUAAAAAGAGGAAAAGAAAAGGAGGUCCAAAGCCAAGAUUGUUGUGGAAUGAAUGGGAAGAAGAACAUGAGAAAUGGAUUGAUGAGAAUAUAACAAAAGAUUUUGAUUUGGAAUGUCAGGAUCAAGAGAUAACUGAAACUGCUGAGGAACCAUCCGAAUUGAUAAUGCCUUUGUUAAGGUACCAAAAGGAGUGGUUGGCCUGGGCUUCAAAACAGGAGGAAAAGUCUGGAAUUAGAGGGGGAAUACUUGCUGAUGAAAUGGGAAUGGGAAAAACCAUUCAAGCAAUUUCACUCGUCCUUGCCAGGCGGGAAAUCCGAAGAACGACUGAUGAUGAUACCUCAGUAUUACCAGGUUCAUCCAAAGGCUUGCCUGGAAUUAAGGCCACCCUUGUAAUUUGUCCUGUGGUUGCUGUAAAGCAGUGGGAGAGUGAGAUUAAACGGUUUACUUCAGAGGGUUGUGCCAAGGUGCUUAUUUAUCAUGGGGCCAAUAGAGCGAAGCAUUCUAAAGAGAUUAGAAAAUGUGAUUUUGUUCUAACAACAUACUCUGUUGUCGAGGCUGAGUUCAGAAAAUACAUGAUGCCUCCCAAGACGAAGUGUCCUUACUGUGGCAAAGCAUAUUAUGAAAGUAAGCUUACGAUUCACUUGAAAUAUUUUUGUGGGCCUGAUGCUGUUAGAACAGAGAAGCAGUCUAAGCAAGCAAGGAAGAAAUGGAGCCCUGCAAUGUCAAAGCAGAAAACAGAGUCUGCUGAAGAUGUGAUGGAUGAAAGUGAUAGCAAGAAAAGUAAGGGAGCUCGUCAGAAGGCGUCAAAGCAGCACAAUGAAGAAGAGGACAUGGGAAUGGGAAGUAGAUUUGGAAAUGGAGGAGUUGACAGCUCUUCAAGAGGGAAAUCACUUUUGCAUGCUGUGAAGUGGGAGCGUGUAAUUUUGGAUGAGGCACAUUAUAUAAAAGCUAGACAUUGUAAUACUGCAAAAGCCGUUCUUGCUUUAGAUUCUUCAUACAAAUGGGCUUUAAGUGGCACUCCCCUUCAGAAUCGUGUUGGAGAACUUUACUCUUUGGUUCGCUUCCUGCAAAUAACUCCAUACUCUUAUUAUCUGUGCAAGGACUGUGAUUGCAAAACACUUGAUCACAGCUCCUUAAAGGAAUGUCAGAACUGUCAUCAUAGUUCUGUGAGACAUUUUUGUUGGUGGAAUAAAUAUGUUGCUACACCAAUACAAUCAUAUGGAAAGAGUGAUGAGGGGCGACGAGCAAUGAUUUUGCUCAAACACAAAAUUUUAAAGAACAUAGUUCUAAGACGCACAAAAAAAGGCAGGGCUGCUGAUCUGGCACUUCCUCCUAGAGUUGUUUUAUUGAGGCGGGAUACCUUGGAUAUCAAAGAACAAGAUUAUUAUGAAUCAUUGUACAAUGACAGUCAGUCACAGUUUAAUACAUAUGUUCAAUCGGGAACUGUGAUGAAUAAUUACGCUCACAUUUUUGACCUCCUCACAAGGUUGCGGCAGGCGGUUGAUCAUCCUUACCUUGUGGUAUGUUCUAAAGCUGCUGCAUUAAGAAGAGAAAACAUGAUUAGUAAUGAUAAUAGUGAACAAGUGUGUGGCAUCUGUCACGACCCAGCUGAAGAUCCUGCUGUCACCUCUUGUGAGCAUGUUUUUUGUAAGGCUUGUUUGCUUAAUUACAAUGCUCCAUUUGGACAAGCCUCAUGCCCUACAUGUUCCAAAUUACUUACUGUCGAUUUUACUAAAAAUGUGGACAAUGAAGAUCAGACUUCUAAAACUACCAUUAAGGGUUUCAGAUCCUCAAGUAUUCUGAACAGAAUUCAACUUGACGAUUUUCAGACAAGCACAAAAAUAGAGGCUUUGAGGGAAGAAAUUAGGUUCAUGGUUGAAAGGGAUGGUUCUGCAAAAGGAAUUGUUUUCAGCCAGUUCACAUCAUUCUUGGAUCUCAUAAAUUAUUCCCUCCACAAGUCUGGUAUAAAGUGUGUUCAACUAGUUGGAAGCAUGACCAUGUCUGCAAGAGAUGCCUCUAUCAAGAGAUUUACUGAGGACCCAGAUUGCAGGAUUUUCCUUAUGAGCUUGAAAGCUGGUGGUGUCGCUCUGAAUCUUGCAGUUGCAUCACAUGUCUUUUUGAUGGAUCCUUGGUGGAACCCAGCUGUGGAGCGGCAAGCACAAGAUAGAAUCCAUCGAAUAGGGCAGUAUAAACCAAUCAGAAUUGUGAGAUUUGUUAUUGAGAAUACAAUUGAAGAGAGGAUUUUGAAGCUACAAGAAAAGAAGGAACUAGUGUUUGAAGGGACUAUAGGUGGCUCUACAGAGGCCCUUGGAAAAUUGACUGAGGAAGACUUGAGAUUUCUUUUUGUCACCUGAGCAGGAUAAAACAUGUAAAUGGGUGCUUUAGACCUCACAUUGCUAAACAUCAGCUAAUUCCUUUUAAAGGCCCCGUUUUAAUUCAUCUUACAAUUUUACAUAUAUUUUGCUGCCAUUGGCUUUAGCCUUUAGGAGAUGAACAGUGAACUGCUUUUGUAUAAAUUUUGGGUAGUAUCUGGUGACAUUUCAAUUAAUACUCCUAAUUUACAAUUAAACAAGUUUUGUCUGCCCACCACCUCUAGUUUUAAUGAAGAAGAUUGUUAAUCUUUUCCAAA